AUGACCAUGGCGGAUUACAAUGCGACCAAGUCACUGACCACGGCUGACGUCAUGGAAAUAUUCAACUCGAUGAUGGACUCCCACAACGUGGCCAUUGCCGCAAUUCAAUCUGACAUGUCGCAGGCUGUCACCAUCGCAGACCUGAAGAACUUCGCGGAGAAGCUGGUUGCCGAUCUUGACAAGUUGGUUGACGCCAAAAUCAACAACGUGUUCGACGAGAAGCUGAACGAGAAGCUUUCGCCUAUGUCAGAUAUCGUCACGGCGAUCCAGGGCGACUUGAAUGCAGCGUCCGACGCCAUUUGCGAGAUUGACAAGAAAAGUCUUGACGAUGACGGGUGUUUGAAGGCCGCGGAACUUCACUUGAUGCAAGUCAGCAAUGAUAUGGGUGGUUUCAAGCAGCAGCUUUCCUUAUUGGAGAAGGCUCUGACAGCACAAAGAGCCGACGUCAGGGAAGCCAUCAAGGAAGUCAAAGGAGACAUUAGCGUCGGACAAUUCAAGCAGGAAGCCUUGUACGAGGAUCAAGAAAAGAUCAUGGACAAAAUCCGAAGCAUCAAGAAAAAGCAAGAUGCUUACGAAAAGUCUCAGGCGGCUGCCAUAAGAGAGUUACAUGAGAGGAUCCUUUCCAGCUCGAAGUCUUCCGAGGACGGCAAGAGUGCCGAUUCGAUCACUUGCGCUCCCUACGCUCCCACCCCGAAGAAGGGCUCGUCCACUCGAAAGCAGUGA